CUAAAAAAAAAAAAAUUAUAGUUUUGUUGUUCCCUCUCUGCUCGCCUUUGCCGCCAAAUGUCUGGCUCCUCAAACCACUACUGUAACCUCCUCAAGCUCUGCUGCCAAUCCGCCGCAAACCACCCACAAGCAAAGAAAAUCCACUCCCACAUUAUCAGAACCUUGCCGAACCCCGAGACCUUCCUCCUCAACAAUCUCAUUACCGCCUACGGCAAGCUCGGCAACUUAUCAUACGCCCGCCAUGUGUUCGAUCAAAUGCCUCACCCAACUCUUUUCUCAUGGAACUCCAUUCUCUCCGUCUAUUCCAAAUCCCGCCGCGUUCCCGAGAUGCAAGACGUCUUUCAUCGGAUGCCGAGCCGUGAUGGCGUGUCUUGGUGUUCGUAUAUUGCUGGGUAUGCCGGGUGUGGCUUGGUUGCCGAGGCCGUGAGGGUCUAUGGUUUGAUGUUGAGGGACGGAGCUGGUAAUUUGACCCGGAUUACGUUUUCCACACUGCUUGUGCUGACUUCGAAUCGGGGGUGUGAGAAGCUGGGGAGACAGUUUCAUGGGCAUAUAGUGAAGUUUGGCUUUGAGUCGUAUGUGUUUGUUGGGAGUCCUUUGAUUGAUAUGUACUCGAAAGCGGGGUUUCUUCUUGAUGCCAAGCGGGUUUUUGAGUUGAUGCCGGAGAGGAAUGUGGUUAUGUAUAAUACACUUAUUACUGGGCUUUUGAGGUGUGGAUUGAUCGGAGAUGCUGAGUGUUUGUUUGGUCACAUGCCUGAAAAAGACUCCAUUUCGUGGACCACAAUGAUUACCGGACUCACGAGAAAUGGUGCAGGCAGAAAAGCACUUGAUAAGUUUAGAGAGAUGAGGUCCGAAGGUUUGGGGAUGGAUCAAUAUACGUUUGGUAGCGCAUUGACUGCGUGUGGGGGACUGCUGGCUCUGCAGGAGGGCAAGCAAGUUCAUGCUUAUAUUGUUAGGACUGAUUUUAUGGAUAAUAUCUUCGUCAGUAGCGCUCUUGUUGACUUGUAUUGUAAGUGUGGAAGCAUAAAAGCUGCAGAGACAGUUUUCAGGAGAAUGAGCUGCAAGAAUGUAGUAUCGUGGACUGCCUUGCUUGUUGGUUAUGGCCAGAAUGGGUACAGUGAAGAAGCUGUUAGAGUUUUUUGUGAUAUGCAGAGAAGUGGGGUUGAACCAGAUGAAUAUACCCUGGGAAGCUUAAUUAGCUCGUGUGCUAACUUAGCAAGCUUAGAAGAAGGUGCCCAGUUCCAUGGUCAAGCUCUAGUUUCAGGCCUGAUUUCUUUCACUACAGUUUCAAAUGCACUCGUUACCUUAUAUGGUAAGUGUGGAAGUAUCGAAGACUCCCAUAUACUGUUUGAUGAGAUGAACAUCCGGGAUGAAGUCUCCUGGUCAGCAUUGGUUUCAGGGUAUGCCCGGUUUGGAAAAGCCAAUGAGACAAUUGCUUUGUUUGAGAGGAUGUUGGCCCAGGGGUUAAAACCUGAUGGAGUUACUUUCAUAGGGGUUCUUUCAGCCUGUAGUAGAGCAGGACUAGUGGAGAGAGGACAUCAGUAUUUUGAAUCAAUGACUAAAGUACAUGGAAUUACACCGAUUCUUGAUCACUACACUUGCAUCAUUGACCUGCUCAGCCGAGCAGGAAGAUUAGAAGAAGCAAGAAGCUUCAUUAAUAAGAUGCCUAUGCGUCCUGAUGCAAUUGGUUGGGCCACCUUGCUAAGCUCAUGUAGAUUUCGCUCUAAUAUGGAGAUUGGAAAAUGGGCAGCUAAGUCUCUUCGAGAAAUAGAUCCCCAGAAUCCUGCAAGCUAUAUCUUGCUCUCAAGCAUAUAUGCUGCUAAAGGGAAGUGGGAUGAAGUGUCUAAAUUGAGGACAGGAAUGAGAGAUAAGGGGAUCAGAAAGGAACCAGGAUGCAGUUGGAUUAAAUAUAAGAGCAGAGUACACAUCUUUUCAGCAGAUGACCAGUCAAGUCCAUUUUCAGAUCAGAUAUACGCUGAGCUGGAGAAACUAUAUUCUAAAAUGAUAGAAGAAGGAUAUGAGCCAGAUGUGAGUUCAGUUCUCCAUGAUGUUGACGAAUCACAAAAGAUGAAGAUGCUUAAUUACCACAGUGAGAGGCUUGCAAUUGCCUUUGGAUUGAUAUUUAUUCCUUCUGGCCUUCCUAUUCGAGUUGUUAAAAACCUUAGAGUAUGUGGGGACUGCCACAAUGCCACUAAAUAUAUUUCCAAGAUCACCAAGAGAGAGAUACUUGUAAGAGAUGCUGUCCGCUACCACUUAUUUAAAGACGGAACUUGUUCAUGUGGAGAUUUUUGGUGAUGAGGUUCUGAUAGUGUCAAAGGCUGUUGGAGAGGACUGUAAAACCAUAUGAUUUGUGCCCAGAUACACAGUUUCAUUGGGAAGUCUGGGAUCAGGUGCUCAUAGUUUAACUGGGGAAAAGGUGAUAGAGUUUUAUUGGUGACUCAUUGGAUACAUUUUGGUGGACUACAAUGUCACGCUGUGCCGCACUGGGUUAUACAUUUCACUAUGUGGCUAAUUGCUUAUAGAUUGUGAGAUAACUGAUCAUGUGGAUUAUUCCUUGAAUAGGCUACACAGAUUGUACGACUGAAGAUGAUUGGAAUGGCCAACAAGAAUUACCUGCAACUGAGUACAGAUGUCAAGGACUUCAGCUACUGGUGCCCAAUCACCAAAAUUCCUCUCAAUAAACUGUUUCCCCCCACCAAGUGCUUUGAAGAAUUCCAUUCCGCGAUCAUAUAUUACAGCACCGCCCCAAUAUCUAGGCCAGAAUUCUCUUACCUGGAGCAUUAAAAUUAUACAGCAACCAUAAGUUGGUGAUAAAGAGCCAGAAAUUGCAGGUUUGCAGUACAGUAAAUACCUCUGAUUCCUUAUACUCAUGAAGAACUGCAAAUAGCUGAACUCCUAGUGCAUCAAAUAGUGGUUUUUUGGCAUAUAGCUGGUGAGCUUCAGCUCGACACAUGAUGCACCUGUUUCAAGUUCAGUAUGAGAACAGAAGAAAGUUAAUUAUUUACAAGACAGAUGCUGAUUCUUAGUGGAUAUAGAGAUAUCAUACAGACUCUGAUCCUGCCUAUACUACUUGUCUGUUAUAUUUAUGUCUUUUGAACUAUAAAGACAUGGUUAUCAUCUCCUCAAUAUAUUCAGAUGAUUUGCUCUUUAUUGUUAAUUUAUGGAUCUGUCUUUAUUUACUUAAGUACAUUCUUGUGAAAGCAUUGAUCAGUGAUAGCUCCUACUUGUCUGAAUUCAGACGGUAAACUUAGCACUUCAUAUAUAAAAUAGACAAAAGAAGGCUGUAAUUGUAAGCAAAGCCUUGUCAAAAGCAGAGUAUAUACUUACCCUGGACGCCGGAUGCAGAGUAGCACAGCUGGUUUGUUUCGCCAUAGUUCUGCAGCCUUCAUUGGAGGAG